CGCUAUCAGCAGGUCAGGAAAGAAAGAUGGCGGCGGAGGAGAGCAGGUUGAAGCAGCGGAAUCACAAAAACAGCAUCUUUAAAGAAGGUGGCCACGGGUUGAAAUCUGACACGUCCCCGAUGAGGCGCCAGGAGGAGGAGGAAGACGACCUGCUGGAGGAGGAAGUGGGCGUGGCCAGGCCUGUGCAGAUCGUGGUGGCGGACGAGGAGGAGCACUCGUUCUCGCUGCAGGAGGAGGCGCUGGAGCGGCUGCUGCUGCAGGAGGAGGUGCGGGACCUCCACGUGGUCGUCGUCUCCGUGGCCGGGGCUUUCCGGAAGGGCAAGUCGUUCCUGCUGGACUUCAUGCUGCGCUUCAUGUACAAACAGGCGUCUGGUUCGUGGGUCGGCAGCGAGGAGGAGCCUCUCACCGGCUUCAACUGGCGGGGCGGCUGCGAGCGUGAGACCACGGGCAUCCUGGCCUGGAGCGAGGUGUUCGUGGUGGAGAAACCAGACGGCCGCAAGGUUGCAGUUCUUCUAAUGGACACACAGGGGGCGUUUGACAGCCAGUCGACCAUCAAAGACUGUGCCACGCUGUUCGCCCUGAGCACCAUGACCAGCUCAGUCCAGGUGUACAACCUGUCCCAGAACGUCCAGGAGGACGACCUCCAGCACCUGCAGCUGUUCACGGAGUACGGGCGGCUGGCCAUGGAGGAGGUCUACGAGAAACCCUUUCAGACUCUGAUGUUCCUGAUCAGAGACUGGAGUUACCCCUACGAGCACCCGUACGGUCUGGAGGGAGGGCGGAGCUUCCUGGAGAAACGGCUGCAGGUGAAGCAGAACCAACACGAGGAGCUGCAGAACGUCAGGAAACACAUCCACUCCUGCUUCUCCAACAUCGGCUGCUUCCUGCUGCCUCACCCCGGCCUCAAGGUGGCCACCAACCCUCACUUCGACGGCCGGCUCCGAGAUAUCGAUGAGGAUUUUAAGAAGGAGCUGGUGAACCUCGUCCCGACGCUGCUCUCCCCAGAGAACCUGGUGGAAAAAGAGAUCGGCGGAGUCAAAAUCACCUGCAGAGACCUGCUGCACUACUUCAAGGCUUACAUGAAGAUCUACCAGGGAGAAGAGCUUCCUCACCCCAAGUCCAUGCUGCAGGCAACAGCUGAAGCCAACAACCUUGCAGCUGUAGCAGGAGCCAAAGACUUGUACAACAAAAGCAUGGAGCAGGUCUGCGGCGGCGACAAACCCUACAUUUCCCCGACGGAGCUGGAGCGGCGCCACGCGGAGCUGCGGCAGGCGUCGGUGAAGCAGUUCCGCUCCGUCAAGAAGAUGGGCGGCGAGGAUUUCUGCCGGCGCUACCAGGAGCAGCUGGAGGCGGAGCUCGACGAGGCCUACGCCAACUUCGGCAAGCACAACGACGGCAAGAACAUCUUCUACGCCGCGCGGACGCCCGCCACGCUGUUCGCGGUCAUGUUCGUCAUGUACGUGGUGUCGCUGGUCACGGGCUUCGUGGGCAUCAACUCCGUGGCCACGCUGUGUAACCUGGUGAUGGGCGUGGCUCUGACGGCGCUCUGCAUCUGGGCUUACGCCAAAUACUCCGGGGAGUUCCGCGAGGUCGGAGGAGUCAUCGACCAGGUGGCCGAAACCCUCUGGGAACAGAUCUUCUCCAAACUCUUCGAAGUGGCUCGGAGUCGAAUCCCGUUGGGAAGCCUGAUCCCAGCGCCGCGGCCCCGGCUCGCCUCAAACAACAACGUGAAGAAGAAAAACUAGCGGCACGUCACUCUUACCCCCCCCCCCCCCCCCCCCCCCCCCCCCCUCCUCCUCCCACCACCACCUCCUCCCUCUGCGGCGUUUGGAAACGGCGUUUUUAGGACGGUUUGAUGGUGUAAAUCACUUUCUGUUCUGACUGUAGAAGGUUACCUCGCCGUGCCGGCUGUAGACCCGGAUGAAGCAGUGAUGUAUUUUAUUAGUUGUCAGCGGGCGGGGUUACGGUAUUUAUUGGUGGGCGGGGCCAUUAGUCUAUCACUCGAGUGUCGUCACAGGUGUGCGUUCACCUGCCGGCUGACGGCGACGACUCGACAUUAUUGAUUCCCGUUUUAUGUGAAUGUAUGAAUGAAGAGCAUGACCACAGACCCUCCUCACGGCUCUCCUCCUCCUCCCGUCGACUCCGUCACGAGGAGGAGGAGGAGGCGGAGUCACAACCAAAGUUUACAGCUUUACCUGACUGAGGCGCUCAGACCGAGCGGACUGACAAACGGGCACGACGCCGUUGGGAGCGAACGGUUUCAGGGACUUUUCACGGUUACCCAGAAUCACAAACGCAUGGACGGCCUGCGAACGGGUUAGCUUAGCUUCAAGCCUGCCGGGCUGUCGGAGGCACAAAUCUGAAAAACAAACGCACGGGCAUUUAGAUUCCUUCUGGAACACGUCUGCGUUUAAAGAUUUUUAGAAUAUUUACCACAGCGAGUCUGUGGAAAUGUCUGACCAAGAUUAUUAUUUUUUUUUUUUUUAUUCUGUGCAAAAAGUAAACGUGUGAGAUCAUAAAAACUCCCUGCUGCUGGAUAUCACGCUAAAAUGAACGUUUACUUCCCCUCCUCCAAAGAGACGUCUGUGUGACCAAAUCAGAGUUGUUAGCUUAGCAUUACUUGGUUUUCAUGAGCAGUUAACAAUGUUGUUUUUAUUAUUUUAAAAACAGGAGUUUUUAAAUAAAACACAAUAAACAAACAUCAGGGAUGUAAAGAAACGAGACGGUUCCUGAUGACGCUGAUCCAGCAGAGAUAACCUGAGCUGCAAUCAGUCAGUAACAAAUAAAAAGACAGGAAUCACGUGUUUUUUAAAAGUUGUUAUCUCCGUGUUGCCGCUCCUAACGAGGCGUCCAUGCGUUUGUCUCGACUCGGGGGGCGGAAAUAGAGCUGAAAGUAAAAUAAACUGAAUUUCCUCCAAACCAGUCGAAGCUAAGAGCGUCUGUAGUCUGUGAUUUUUAGACCACUUAAUAAUUUAAUUUUAUCUUUAUUAUCCGUAAUGAUGUGAUCAUGACUUUCAGUAUUGCCCCUCUUCUUCAGACCGACCUCGUUUAAAGUCCAGAGCUGGAACCCCGGGGGGGGCGACGAGGAACCAGCUCUGUACUGAACGCACAAACGUGAGGCUUGAUUUUUAAAGUUAAAUGCUCCUCAAGUCUUUAAUUUAAUCCGGGGAUUAUUAUUUUGGGACGGUGAUGAUCUUCAGUCCUCUUGAUCUGACUGCCAAGAGAAGCUUUCAAUGUUUAGUCCAGCUGAGACCUGUAGAUAGUAUUUAAAUCUGUUAUUUAUCUCGAGUGUUUCUGUCACCUCCUCCCCCUCCUGAAGGAACAAUCCUCCUCCCUGUUUUUUAAAAAGCACCACAAGCCGUUUAGUGAAACACUAAAAAUCCUCCACGUAAGACGAAGACGGUGUUUCUGUUUUAAAGCCAAACUUCUGAUGACUGAAGGGUUCAUUCCAUCACGUUUCCUAUUUAUUUUAAUUGUCAUUCCAUCCACACCACAUCUUCACCACCACCGUGUGCUUUUUGUUUUUGUACAGUUUAGUUUUUUACAGCCUCCUCCACACACCGGGCAUGUGAACCAACUCUAUACAUAUAUAAAUAUACAUUUUUCUAGACCUUUUUGUAGCUGGGAGAACAAACGGUUCGGGGCGGUUAGACCAGAUUCAGCUCACUGGAUGUGAAGGAAUGCUUUCGUGAUUUGUGGAUAUGUCUAAUAAAUUCCUUUUUUUUAUAUAUAUAUUUGUAAAUUUAAUCUUACAUGAGCACUGCGAUUCCCCCUCCCUGCUCUGCUGGCGAAGAAUGUUUAUAAUGUUUUUCUUUUCUUGGUCUUUUUGUUGCAUUUCAAAGUUAUUUUCGUUAAUUUAUUUUUCAGUACAAUAUUAAACCAAACUCCUACAACACA